AUGGACUCGGACGCAACGGUAUAUGCCGUCGGUGCCGUCGACCACGAUCUCGAGGCAAAGCACGAAGAGGUUGUUGGUGGUGGAGAUGAAGGUGGUAGUGGUGGUGAUGGUGGUGCAGCUUGUACAAGGGAAGAGCCUGCGUGCGAGGGGAGCCCAGAGAAGCCCCCACCAGUGGGCCCUGAAAGCGAGCAUUCCCACUGCGACUCAACCGAACCCCCGGAAGAAGAGAAGGGGCUGGAGGAUGCACCGGGCGAGGGGCCGCAGGUCUUUAUAACGGCACAUGCCACCAGCGGCGAGGCUCCGGUGGUGGUUGCGAUCGACGAAGCGUCAGAAACCGACAACACUCUGGCCACGAUCGUCAGCGAUCACGGAGUGGCUUCGAUCGACGGUGCGCAACCUCAGCAACACCUGCAGCCGCAACAGCAGCAGCAACAGCAGGUCGUGUACGUACGCAGCCCGACCCCGGUCGAAGGAGUCACACCGACGGCGACAUCCUCGACGCUUGUCCACUGUGGCACCGGGCCGGAGAGUAACGUCGUGCGGAUACAGAUUGUGCCGGUGGAGUGCGCGAGUGCGUCAUCAGCAACACCGUCCGCAACACCGUCACCGACGUCACAGCUGUCAGCGUUAGAAGAUUGCAACAAUAACAGCUUAAGUGGUGCGAGUCCUUCCGCGAAGUGUCAAAGUGCACAGGUAACGGUCGUGUCGUUUGGCGGCCCGUGUGAUAGUGUGCAGCGCCCCCUAGCGGAAACGCACCGGACUGCAACCGAGCGUGAUCCCGUGCUAGUAACGGUGACGUUCGAGGAUCGCACUGUUGUUAGUGUACCUGCGUCAGCGCCACCACCGCUGUCAGAAUCCACCGCCAACGGCUGUCAGAAUUCUCCCACGGUCGAGGAAGAAGCGAACGGUGGAGAUAUGGUGCAGAAGAAGCUGAUUGUACCGAAGGGUGGCGUGGCGUCGGGUUCCACCGAUCUCGACGGGUCGGCGUACGUUUACUACAUGGCAGCAAUGGCAAUGGACGGUGGUACACGGCCAGGAUCAUCGGCGUCGGCGUCGGCGUCGGGCGGCAGUAGUGGUCAGUGUUCGCCAAGUGACAUGCUUGACAGCGGUACCUGCAGUGAUAUCGAGCUCACACCGCCACCAUUACCGAAGAAGAUGUCACAAAUGCUGAAAUCGGCGGUGGCGAUAAAAACGAACGCCCAUCAACCGUCGGCGUCACCGGCACCGGCUGAUAACGCGCCGGAUACCGUUAUCGCCCGGGCGGACCACCAACACCAGCAACACCACGAGUUUCAGCGAUUGCAACACCGAGCGAGCGGUCUCGAACCACAUCAAACGCUUGUCGGCCUGACAUCCGACAGCCCGGACAGUGCCCGGCAGCAGCAACCUCAGCAACCUCAGCAACAACCGCCGCCGCCGCCGACGUCCGGCAGCGCCGUCGGUACCGAUAGUGACGGUUCUGAGUCGUGUUUGAGCUGUGAUUCGCUGAACUUCGAGCAUCUGCCGGGUUUGCAGCGAGCGGUGGAGCUAAACGGCGCUACUAUCACCGGUACGGCACCAACACCUAACCCACCGACCGGAACCGGUGCUGGGGAGCAGAUCCGACCAAAGCCCCCGGUGUACGUGGCCGGGAAACGGAACGGAGCAGGCGUGUGCACCCUUCCAGACUCGCUGCUGGCCGCCAUCCGUGGAAGCCGCCCGAAGGUGUACUGUACGGACGAGGAAGACGCCGACAUCGAGGAGGAGGACACACAACACUUCCGGCCGGUGUCGAGCCGUGAUGGCAGCUCGGCAUCGCUCGAGCUGAGCAACCCAACGGUGACCGCGACGACACGCUCCAUUCUGAUGGACAAAAUCAACAGCCUCGAAUCCGGGAACCGGACACAUCACCGGGCGUCCAUCGAUCAACCGGAACCGGAUCCAGCAAGCAACUACUACCUCCAGCAUCUACACCACCAGCCGCACACGAUCAACGAUCGCGCGCAGAGCAGCUGUUCGGCGGGUUCCCUCACGACAGACAGCGUGCGCAGCAAUCAGUUCGAGAGCGAUCGAUUCUACAAGUUCCACAUCAACGAGCGGGCACGGGUGGACGGUGUAGAACCUGGAAGUAGCUCCCCCGAGACCACGCCGUCGGUGGUGGAUGACGAUGAGAGCUUCGCUGGGCUGAAGGACCUCAGCAAUGGGACGUCCACGAUCCGCAGCAACAAGGGUACGGUGCGGGGCGUGAAGAACCGCGUCCGCAACGGGAUCGCUACCUUCCUGCAGAUGCAGCAGACUGGCCUGAAGAAUUACAAAGACAAGGAGGCCGGCAAGGUGGUCGUGUACAGCACGAGCAUGGGCAUCGUUCGGGAGACGUACACCAAGUGUAUGAAUGUCAAACAGAUCCUGCGCACGCUGCUGGUGAAGUUCGAAGAAAAGGACAUCUUCAUGAGCAACGAGUACCAGCAGGAAAUUAAGGAACGCAUGCAGGUGGACACCAUCAACAUCCCGCAGGUGUUCGUGGAUGGCCAACACAUUGGGGAUGCGGAGUGCAUCGAACGGUUGAACGAAAGCGGUGAGCUCCGGAAAAUGCUGAAACCCUACAAGUGUCUGGAGUCGCCCUACAUGUGCAAGAUGUGCGGAGGUUACAGGCUGCUGCCAUGCCCGUCCUGCGGCGGCUCGAAGAAGUCGAUCCACCGGAACCACUUCACCGCCGAAUUCAUCGCCCUCAAGUGCAUGAACUGUGACGAGGUCGGGCUGGUCAAAUGUCACAGUUGCUGA